AUGGCAGUGAACACAUCACUAAAGUUAACAUUCUCGGAUAAUGUACAGACAGUAGGUGCAUCACAAUUCCAACUAUCAUCGCCCACCUCCUUUUCAAUCAAGUAUCCAAUACUCUACAAAUAUGGCAAACAGAUAUCCACUGCCACUGUGUCCAACCCAUCCAACACCUCGGACUCUAAUACCAUAAAUCUCAACCUUGAAUGCACAAAUGUGACAGUACUCAAGACUGAACGUAGGAUGAACUUUUGUUAUAAUUUAUUGGUGCCGCCUACUCUCUCGUCAUCAGUGUUCUCGACAUCGUAUUAUACACUCACUUUGUCGAUGACCGAUUCCAAGUCAUGUACAUUCAAUCAACCAAUUAUAAUGAAUGUUACAUCCAAUUCAUUACCAGUGAUCACUUGGGAUGUACCAUCGGCAAUGCAACCUGAGCCCAACAUGGACCAGAUUCAGUUCAGGAUGCGUAAGGCAUUGACUUCAAAUGCCAUCAGGGCGCAGAGUCACUUCCAAGGACACCGAGUUGGCCUUUACUACGAUAUGUACAAUCCCAGCUCAUUGUUCUACACACCCAGCAACGCACUGAUCUUCCCAGUGAGUGGAAACAAACACAAUGCUACCUACUACCAACAACACCAGCCAUACUAUGGAGUUGAUCAAGAGUCAGUCCCAUUCAUCUUGAACACCUAUCUUGUCACCUACAUUGAGCAAAUGUUCAAUCUAUCAUAUCAACAGUACUUGGUUUCUGGAUCAAUCGAUGGUAAUGAGGUGGUACUCAAGAAUUCUAGUAUUGCCAGUGGAACAAUAACAUGUACUUGUUUAGAUUUCAUGAAGAAUAAGAUCCAGAUCGCACCCAAGACAUCUAAUUUCAUGAUACGCACUGAUGUGUCCUUCCCCAUUGGUGCCAUCAAUGGUAACUUCCAAAAGUACACAUUCAACCUGCCACUUCGAAUGUCCGACUGCUCCAACACUCCAAUGCAGACCGAGCUAUACUCCUACACAAUCAUCUACGAUGAUACCAUCUUGUCCAAUGGAGCACUCUCACCAUACCCAGCUGUAUCAUGUACGGACAAUGUUACACCUUCAAUCUUCAAGAUCAAUAUGAUACCAUUGACACAAGAAUCAUUCAUUCUUCAAAUCACUGCAAUGGAUACAACUAGUGGAGUAUACAGGAUAUACUCAUCCAAUCUGGCAAUGCUUAUGAAUGAGUCACAUUUGGUAUCUGGAGAUGUGAACAAUGGAGUGUACGAGAUGGAGGUGGCCAUACCCUAUGACUCAUUAGCCAGGAUCGACUUCAACAUUGAGGAUCGAGCAAACAACAACUUCUUGGUCAACUCAUAUGUGUCGUUGCCUGGAGGUGGACUGUCGCCAGGCAUGCCAUUCCAGGCCAACUGGUGUAUUGAAACAAUCACUCAGUUCUACUUUGUCAAGAACAAUCAAGAUGUGACCAACCUGGACGUGGACAACACACUAUUCUUCAACUCAUCCAAUGCCAACCCAGUGCUCCAACCGGUGUUUGAGACAUACCUGCCCAACUAUCUCAAUGUCAAACGAUUCAUCGGUCGCUGGAACCCAGCCAUGAUGAUGUAUCAAGUCGACUUCACUCUAUAUCGCAAUCAGUUUGAGGGCAAGGUAUUGUACAACAUCAAGGGAUAUCCAUCAAUCACUUCAUCCAUGUUUGAGGCUGCGAUGGGCAGCAACGCCACACUCACUGUUCGUUGCCAGAACGCAGAUGCCAAGCCACCUGUCAUCACCAAGGUUGUGGCCAUACCAAGUAACAAGAUAAAUUACCAAGGGGCAGGAAUAGCAAUGUUUGGUUGGGACGUGACCAUCCAAGAUGAUCUCAAUGGUUUGGCCUCGGCAACAUUCAAGGUCACGAGCAGUCUUGACCCAUUACCCUACGUGAUCAACUUUGUUCCAAACAACACCGUGUCGGGUGACAGCAAGUUGGGCACGUAUCAGAUCAGACUGCCACUCACACCUGGAAUGGUCAAUCAAUCUUUCACAUUCAAAGAUGCCAUUACAUUGGUUGAUCAGGUUGGAAACACUGCCGAAUCACUCUACCAGAGCUCCACCACAUUCUUUGAUCCACUGGAGCAGAUCCUUUACACCCAGCAAGAGACCCAACUUGUUAUUGAUGUUAUGACGCCAAACCCAGUGGACACCUCGGGCCCUGUGAUUAGUAAUGCAAUAGUGUCAGUCUCGCUAUUGGAUGUCGGAAGUACCAAUCGCACAAUCACAGUCGACUUGGACGCCGCCACUGUUACCUCUGGAAUGUCCACUCGCAACCCUCCACUCAUAGUGAUCAACUCAUUCAACUUUGAUUACAUCUCUGCACCAAUGACUCAAACAACUACCAUGGCCAAGGGCGCACACUACAAGGGAAGCAUCACGGUACCCUAUGGAUAUGGCAGUGCAGGCUACCCUUUGAUCUUGUCCGUCUAUGGAGUGAUGAGCAAUCACAAGCAAGUCAGCUCACUGCCCAACCUGGCCACGAUCAGACGUACAUUUAGCAUGGACAUUCCAAUAAUUGAAUCUGCCUCAUCAUAUCUUCGUACUGAUACACUCAUCACGCUACGUGGACAUGGCUUUGGAAACAACUCUGUUAAUGUACAGCCAAGAGUCACUGUGCCCAAGACUACACCAGAGACCUUAAUAUUGACACCACCUAUUAUGUGCUCGUAUACAGUGAUGGUGGUUGAUGUCAAAUAUAUGAACUACCCAUAUAUGGACAUCAUUGUCAAUGUUGGACAAAAACAAUCAAACCUCUUAAGGAUAUACCCUACCGAUCCUGCGCCACCCACGACUCCGGUGCCCACCAACCCGGCAUCCAAGUGCCCUGGCAAUCCACCCUGCUCCAAUCAUGGAACAUGUCUACCAAGCUUCAACUGCCAGUGUGAUCAAGGUUGGGAGGGUCCUUUCUGUGACCUAGAGUACACACCAGUCAUACCGACGAUUGAUCCAAAAACUCCAACUACCAACAUUAUUGACGCCAACCUAUCAAUCAGUUCGUUUGUAUCCAUUGUAUCACUGAGGGAGUUGGAUAAUUCAGACAACCCUGUCAAUGAAUAUCACUUGUCUGGCUGGACCAUCAACAAUCGAACAUCAACAAACAGGACACUCUUGGACUUUACUUGCUCAGUGUCGCCCAAUCGCUCAACACUGAUCACAGUCACUUUGGAAUACUUCAAGACGGCCCAGAAUAUUACAUUUGCGGGUCAUGAUCUCCUCAUGAUCCCAGGCUCAAUCAAGACAUUGUAUGGCAGGUUCAUCAACUUUGGCGUCAUAGACUAUCGAGUGGCAACCAUUACCAACACAGUCCUAAAGGCCGAUGCCAACGCUACCUCUGUCAAGACAAGCACCACCUCUGCUUUGGUAGGCAUCAACAUACCACACUACACUGAUUUUGUUCAGUUGGAUCCGGAUUUCAGUGUACUGGUCAAUCAAUCUCCUGGAGAAUGUGGAAAGAGCGAUACAAAUGGUUUGUCGCGACCUGCACUUGCUGGUAUAAUUGUAGGUGCUACCCUUGGUGCUGUCAUCCUGGCAUUGGUCAUCACCUAUGUCCUGGUCAAGAGGAAAGUGAUGGUUGUAGUUGGCAAGAGAAUUAGAAUGAACAAAUUCUCAUCUGAAUAA